CACUGCCACUGGAUUCGACGUCUCAAGAUGUCGUUGUUCUCUGUACCUGGAUGGGAUAAUGGCAUCGUACCCGUUCCCCCGGGGAAGGGGAGAGGGAAGCGAAAACGUUCUGAUAAAGCCCCUUCCGGAGCGUCGUCAUCAACGUCCACAAACCUCAAUCUCCAGGCGCUAAUGCGGGAGAUGAGGCUAGAGAACAAUGGCUCAGAGAGAAAACACAAGACCCAUUUGGAAAAGUUAUCCAUCCCUGGCAGAAAAGACACGCUUACGAGGAAACGGUCACGGAUGGACCCGCCUCAGUCUCCUGCCAAGACCUCUCAAGAGGCCACACGAAAAACGGAGCCCCCCCGGCCUCCCAAAAGGCUGCGUAGAGAGGAGAGCGACGUUCUUCCGCCAUCCUCAGCAGGGGACGGCGAAGAAGACCCAAGCACCGUACUGUCGCGGAUAAAGUCCAAAAAGAAAAAGUCAAAACAACAACGUAAGGCCGAGCUGGCCAACAUCCUUAAGGAUCGGGAAACUGCAGUUUCUCCUCCUCCCUCCUCGAUUCUGGAUAUGCAGAGUGACGUAACGGAGCCCGUAGCCGAGCGACCAUCUUCGCCGCCUCCCGACCUCAACCACACGGGACUAGCCAGUAGCAGCUCAGCUGAAUUGGAUGGACUAACGCCUUCCCAGCGUGACAUGAAGGCGAAACUGAGCGGGAGUCGAUUCAGGAUGAUUAACGAGCUGUUAUACAAGUCUGAUGGUGCUGCCUCGCUCAGAAUGAUGCAGCAAGAUCCUGAUGUCUACAAAGACUAUCACUCGGGUUUCCGCCGCCAAGUGCUUUCUUGGCCUGUGAACCCGGUAACAUACUUUACAUCCUCUAUCUCUUCUACAUAUUCUGCCGAAUCGACGGUGAUAGCCGACCUCGGAUGUGGAGAUGCAUCUCUGGCAAAAAAUCUCUCCCCUCGUGGCUUCCGGGUGCUUUCAUACGAUCUCGUUUCAGAUGGGGAAUGGGUCACGGAAGCGGACCUGUGUAAUCAUAUACCUCUUCCUGGGAACAUAGACGAUUUGGGUGGUUCAACAGCCCAGAUAGUAGAUGUCGCUGUGUUCUCGCUGAGUCUGAUGAAUACAAAUUGGAUAAAAAGCGUCAAGGAGGCGCGAAGGAUUCUGAAAACUGGUGGACGAAUGAAAAUUGCCGAGGUAACGAGUCGCCUCAAAAGCAAGAAAGCUUUCACCUCGUUGAUUGCGACGCUAGGGUUCAAAUUGAUUGAAACAACCGACCCAAACACACACUUCUGUGUCUUCGAGUUCGAAAAAAUUAAGCGAGGUCCCUUAUCGAAGAAGGAUUGGGCACAGAUUGAAGCGAAAGCUACUGACCUCCUCAAGCCUUGCGAAUACAAGCGACGGUGAUCACGGCAGUCACGGGUGACUAAUGUUUGAGCUGACGAAGCGCGCGCAUCGUGACACUCGAUAAUGGAGGCCAUCAACAUGCUCUCGAUUUGUUAGCCAAUGUUCUGGAGUGAGCCGAGGUUACGCGCCUCCAAAAUUCCAGGCAAACUCCGUAAUUCCAAAACUGCGCUUCAGAGUUUACGCUAUUGUUCACCCAAUUCUUUCACGAUUUAACAUGGGUACAGAAAUGCAGCCAUGUGUGUUAUGUAGGGUAUAGAGUAGUGUCCGAAGCAGUAAAUUCAAAAGUAAAAC